UCUGGGCCUCCGGCCACCCGAGUGCCACCAGGUCCCCUCUGCUUUUGAUCCAGAAGAGGAGUUGUCCAAACCAGCCAGCAUCCUGCAGAACUCUGGCCAGAGCCCUCUGGCUCUUGUGACCAGACCACAUGGGGUGCCAUCAAAGGCCCCUUGACACGAAUCAAUUCAAACCCCAGGAUGCUCUCGACAGCUCCAGCCACCCUGGGGGCUGUGUAGACGGCAGGGACGGAGGACCCUCCCUGGCACCUGGAGAGGGCAGUCACAGGUGGGCAUGGUGACCAGAACCACACCCAGCAGACUAAGGCAGCCUCCCCGUCCCCAGCCCGUGUGCUCCCGAUUCCCGCCAGACGCUGGUGAGCCUGUGUGGGUGGCAGGAUACCCCGUCUUGCUGUGCCCACCUGCCCCACAGACACCCCUGCCUGCCGCAGACAGUGCCCCUCCUCCGCUAUGGGCCCACGUCGGGGGCAAGCAGUCCUCAGGGCUGGCACUGCUGUUUUCAGGGUGGGGUGGACUCAAGCCACACAGGGGGGCAGGUCGGUUCUGCAGGGCAGUGAAAGGGGCUGUGUCCCAGGACCCCUGGAGAGCCCUAGGUCACCUGUGUUCAUCACAGCAUGAGCAAGCUCGCAGGCGCAUUCUCUCUCCCGGCAUGGCUAUUUCUGGGUGCACAGGCGCCUCGGGCUGGGGCAGGGCCAGGCCCAGGUGGGGAAGCCUUGCGCUUGCUCAGCUUUCUGUCUCUCCCCAGGCCACUGACAACUGGCUUCCCGAGGAGGGAGAUGAGGUACCAGGGGCCCUGGGCAGGACCUGGUGUUGGGUAAGGUGGUCCCAGUGCUGGGGAAGGACAGGCAGCCCUCUGGGAGCCCUGCCCCACACCUGCUGCUGGGGUCAGGGAAUGCCUCGGGGUGCCUGUGGGAGCAGCAUGAGCUCCACUGGAGCCCCGCCCUUCCUCAGCCUCUGGCCCUACCCCACGGUUAAGGCCAUGCCUUUUCUGAACAGCUUUGGCCUUGAGUGCGCACGUCUGUGCCAUGCUCACAGCAUGUUCCCAUUGGACGUCAGGGUCCUUGCCCAAACCAAACUCACAGCCACCCCUGUGCAGCCUCCAGAGUUGAGUUGGGGUCCCAGUCUCCGGGAUCUGUCCGCUCUCACCCUCCCAUGGCUGCCUAGAGAGGGCGGGGUUCACGGUGCCACGUGCUAGGGGCCCCCUCUGCAGACAGCCCAUCCAGGAGAUGGACAGAGGUCAAGGGCCAGCUGACCGGACUGCACUGGGGUCCCCCAGUUCUGAGCUGUGCUAUGCAAAGAAUGCCCCUGAGUGUCUGCCGCACGGCGUGGGAGGGACAGCUACUGGGGCUGGUGGAGGGACUGGACAUCUCUGUUGCUUGGGGAAGUCCAUCCUCCAGUCCCAAGGGUGUGAGUGGAUUGGUCUAAGUGUGAAUGUAACUGGCAGCCAGGGCAGCAUGAACCCCUUUCGCUGAAACUUCCAGGCCUCCUUGGGUUCCCUGAACCCUGGGCUGGCGUUCCCAGGACCCAGCACCAGGAGACCCUAGUCCCACCAGCGCCGCCGCACUACCCAGGACGGCUGGGUGAUGCCGGUGCCAGCCCCUCCCCUCCCUGCAGCCUCGCAUCACUGCCAAGCCCCCGUUCAUUUUGCCCGAAUCACACAGGCUGAAGCUGCAGUACCAGCUGGAGGGACAUCUGUGGGGCUUCCCGUGCCAUCCCUGUCUCCAGACAGCUGGACAGCUUCCCCUUUACCCCACCCCAGUGAGCCCCUGCGGGCCAGAGAAAGAUGGGGUUCCCGCACUUCCCGGCUCCACCUGUGAACCUGAGUUAGCGUUAGCUAAGCAAACGAUCAGUGUUGAACCUCUCUCUUCCUUAGCUUGUAGAUACGACCGUCUGUAAUCAGGGGACCCGCUGGAGGCCGGGCGGCCGAUGCUGGCCGAGCACCCGGGCGUGGUUUGGUUCCUUUAGGCAAUUUUUGUUCUGCCAACAGGAGAACCUGUGCUGCUGGGUGUAGUGGCAGGAGCGCCUGGCCUUGGUCGUCGGGCAGCCCCAGCCCGGGGCCACGUGCUCUUCAGGGCCUGGGCAGCCCCCACUUCUGGCCCAGCAGGUUUCUCUUUCUAGUCUUUCAGCGCAUCCAAAAUGGACGCCU